AGAGAGAGAGAGAGAGAGAGAGAGAGGAGGCGGUGUCUGGUGACCGAGGAGGAGGAGAAAGCUCCCGGUCCUCUCGUCCUCGCAGCUCCCUUUUUGCAGUCUAUCCUACAAGCAGUCAGGUGCCACCGGAGUGCCCGGGCCCGUGGACUUAUUUUCCCCUUGGAAUCAGAUAAAUUGGAAACAAGCGAACUAUCCCAGAAGAUGUUCUUCUUUCUGCUACCUGUCGUGGCUCUCUUGCUGAGCAGAGAAACAGCGGUCUCCGGUAUCAAUAACGACAAAUGGCUGAGCACCGUGGCUCAGUAUAAGGACAGAUCCUGGAACAGAUUCAGAGAUGAAGCGGAGGAUGACUACUUCAAAAGCUGGGCUCCUGCCAAGUCUCUGGACCAAGAACGAGAGGCCGAACCUAGCAGAUAUGGAGACCCAGGAACUAAAGCUCACCCUAGCUCAGCCAAGAAGACAGUACAGGAUGGUCCAGAUGCUACGAAGGACCCUUGUCUGAAUGUGCGCUGCCCUCCUCACAAGGUGUGUGUCAGCCAUGACUACCAAACAGCCAUCUGCACCAAUCACAAGCAGCCAACUCACAGUGUGAAACCCAGGAAAGGCAGCGCAGGUCACAAGCACAGGCUUGAAACUGGUUCUCAUGGGAAAUGUAGGCUCUGCUUGGGGCUCCAGUCAAGUCCUGUGUGUGGAUCUGAUGGACACGCCUACUCCUCCAGGUGUAAGUUGGAGUUCCAGAGCUGCCUGUCUGGAAAGACGAUCUCAGUAAAAUGUGACGGGCUGUGUCCCUGUUUGCCUGGUCAGGAGCUCAGCAAACCACCGCAUAAGACUGAAAAGGCUGCCUGCACCGACACAGAGCUCCACAGUCUGGCUGCAAGACUAAAGGACUGGUUUGGAGUUCUCCACCUCGAUGCCAACAGAGACCUCAAAUCCUCUGACAGCAUCGACUCCGCCACUGGACACUUUGACACCAGCAUCUUGCCCAUCUGUAAGGACUCACUUGGCUGGAUGUUCAACAAGCUUGACAUGAACUUUGACCUCCUGCUGGACCAAUCAGAGCUGAGUGCCAUCUACCUGGACAAGUAUGAGCUGUGCAUGAAGCCCCUCUUCAACUCCUGUGACUCCUUCAAGGAUGGAAAGCUGUCUAACAAUGAGUGGUGCUACUGCUUUCAGAAACCUGAGGGACUGCCCUGCCAAGCUGAGAAGAGCAGGAUCCAGAACCAGAGUCGAAGGAAGAGCCUCAUAGGCUUUUAUAUUCCCCGUUGUACCGAGGAGGGCUACUUCAAACCAACCCAGUGUCACAGCAGCACCGGCCAGUGUUGGUGUGUGGACAAAUAUGGCAACGAGAUCGCUGGCUCCAGAAAACAAGGCAACCCUAACUGCGAUGAGGACCAAGAGACAUCAGGGGACUUUGGCAGUGGCGGUGCCGUCAUUCUCCUCGACGACCAGGAGGAGGAGCCCUCACAGAGCGGGCGGAGCCGGCAGAAGAAGAGACGGGGCCGGAUUCACCCCCGAGGAGCCAUCGAGGACGAUGAGGACGAGGAAGACGAUAAGGAUGACGAGACUGGCUACGUGUGGUAGCUCCGCUCCAUUUAAUUCUGCCAUCAGCCGACCAGGAAACUCCGUUAACUCAGCACAGAUCUGAAGCCAUUCCAAUGUCUCCUCCUCCACUUACUUUGGCAGCAGUCCAUCUUUUGGCUCCUGAGCUUGCUCUUGUUUUCCCUGUCCCUUAUGCAUAUCUCUCUCUUCAGUGAACCUCAUCCGACCUCUUCCUCUUCAUGUGUUUCACUUUUUCCUCAGAUGGAAAACACAGAACCUAUUAGAUUUCAACAACAACUGUCAAGAUCCUGAAUUCUGCUCAAGCUGUCCACUUUCUGCCUCUACCUUCCCCCAAACCUGCGAUCUUUACCCUCUUCUAACACGGACACGCUUCUCUAUUUUCUCUAUUACUCCCUCUAUCUCCUUCUUUCUCUUAUCCUGUCCCUCUCUCUGCUAUCUCUGUAUGUCCAUGUCAGAGCCUCUGGUUAGUCUGUGAGCCCAGAUACAUUAGCUGAUGUAUUGGAUGUAAAUAUGUUUCCUUCAGGAAGGCCAGAUUGUCGAUUAAACCCUCCCUGUACUUC